AUGUUGGCUAGGGUUUGGAGAUGGAGAUCGGAAUCUUCUGCCGCUAGAUUGAUCAGCACGAGAUGGAUUCAUCAACGUCGCGUCGCCGAGAAAGGUACAAGUAGAAAGCGUCUUCAUUUGUUAGUCCAUUGCAGAGAUGGCGAAGUAACUUUUGGAGGAGAGAGUUUGAAAUUGGGAAGUGGGUUUCAUUAUAUCGAAAGCUUAGAUGGCGAUGAAAUGGUUCGAUCUCGUCCCUUCCCUUCUGCAAUUGAUUUCAACAAAGUAAUGGGUGUCCUCCUGAAGAUGAAUCGACCCGACGUUGUGAUUUCUCUCUAUCGGAAGAUGGAAAUGCGGCGGAUUCCAUUUGACAUCUACAGCUAACUUCUGAUAAAAUGUUUCUGCAGCUACUCCAAGCUUUCCUUUGCUUUGUCUACGUUUGGAAAACUCACCAAACUUGGUUUCCAGCCUGAUGUCGUUACGUUUAACACGCUGCUCCACGGGUUAUGUCUCGAAGAUAGGAUCUCUGAAGCCUUAGCGUUAUUUGAUCUAAUGCUUGAAACAGGAUAUGCACUCGAUGUCAUAACGUUCAACACAGUGGUGAAUGGUCUUUGCCGCGGUGGUCGAAUGCUCGAAGCAGUAGCUCUGGUUGAUAGGAUGGUAGAACAUGGUCAUCAACCUGACGUUGUGACUUAUGGAACAAUUGUGAACGGGUUGUGUAAGAUGGGCGACACUGUCUCAGCAUUGAAUCUGCUUAGGAAGAUGGAGAAAAGCCGCAUCAAACCCCAUGUUUUCAUCUAUAGUGCCAUCAUUGAUCGUCUUUGCAAAGAUGGACGUCACAUUGAUGCUGAAAAUCUUUUCAACGAAAUGCGCGAGAAAGAAAUUUAUCCCAAUAUAGUUACCUACAGUUGUAUGAUAGAUGCUUUUUGCAAUUGUGGUAAAUGGAUUGAUGCCGAACGAUUGUUGCGUGAAAUGAUUGAAAGGAAAAUCGACCCUGAUGUUGUGACCUUCAGUGCAUUGAUCAAUGCAUUUGUCAAAGAAGGGAAGUUCUCUGAGGCUGAAGAUUUAUACGAGGAGAUGAUCCGCAGAUGUAUAGUCCCUAAUACUGUCACCUAUAACUCAAUGAUGGAUGGAUUUUGCAAGCAGAACCGUCGAGAUGAGGCAAAACAGAUGUUUGAUUCGAUGGAUAGCAAGGGCUGCUCUCCAAACGCAGUGAAUUUUACUACACUCAUAGACGGAUUCUGCAAGGCAAGAAGAGUUGAUGAUGGAAUGGAUCUUCUCCAUGAGAUGUAUCAAAGAGGAAUUGUUGCAGAUACAGUUACUUACAACACUCUAAUUCACGGGUUCUUUCAAGUGGGUGAUCUUAAUGGUGCCCUAGACAUUUUCCAGGAGAUGAUUUCUAGUGGUGUGUGUCCUGAUACCAUCACUUUCAACGGCAUGCUAGCCGGUUUAUGUAGUGAGAAGAAUCUACGAGAGGCAUUGGCAAUGUUGGAGGAUCUGCAAAAGAGUGUGGAUCAUCAAUUGGAGGAUGAAUGA